AUGGAAAAUUAUUUCAAUCUGAAAGACACAGUUGGAAUUACUGGGACAUACAUCUUUUCUUUUCUCUUUUUUUUCUUCUUUUUCUUUUCUUCUCUUUUUCUUCUUUUUGAUUCUCUCUUCUUUUCUUUUAUUUCUUCUUUUUCUUCUGUUUCUUCUUCUCUUCUUCAUUUUCUUUUUUCUUCUUCUUUUCUUCUCUUCCUUCUUUUUCUUUUCCUCUUUUUCCUCUUCUUCUUUUUCUUUUCUUCUCUUUUUCUUCUUUUUGUUUUUCUUUUAUUUCUUCUUUUUCUUCUGUUUCUUCUUCUCUUCUUAUUUUUCUUCUCCAUUUUCUUUUUCUUCUUCUUUUCUUCUCUUCCAUCUUUUUCUUUUCUUUUUGUUUUUUCAUCUUUUAUUUCUUCUUUUUCUUCUGUUUCUUCUUCUCUUCUUCUUCUGUUUCUUCUUCUCCAUUUUCUUUUUUCUUCUUCUUCUUCUCUUCCUUCUUUUUCUUUUCUUCUUCAUUUUCCUCUUCUUCUUUUUCUUUUAUCCUUCUUUUCUUCUUUUUCUUGGUUUUAUUUAUUUUCUUCUUUUUAUUUUCUUCUUCUUCUUCUUCAUCUUCUUCUUCUUGGCCUUUUCUUCUUUUUCUUCUUAUUAUUUUUACUUCUUCCCUACUUUUCCUUUUUCUUCUCUUUCUUUUUCUAUUCUUCUUUCUUCGCCCUCAAUCCUGGAAGGAGUCGGGCUGAGUAUAAUACUUCGAUUCGUGUCUGUGUUCACGAGAAACGCACCUUCCUUCCGUUGCCUGCAACAUUGUUAAUGCAUGCACAAUGA